CCCCUCUGACGCUUUGCUGACUGGCCUCCUGCCAGGAACAAGCAUGAACUGAAAACUGGAAGUUGAGGCGUGAGUUUGGCUACUUCGUAGUGUGCACUUGGGGAAGGCAGCAGCUCGCCACAGCUGCCGGCCACCAGCCGUCUAUCCGUCCACCCAUCUGUCCAUCUGGCAGCCCGCAGUUCAGAUCUGUCUAACUGUCCCCCAUCUGUAAGCCCGUCUCCAUCUGACCAUCUUUCUCUUACUGUUCUCUCUGUCCAGCUAUCUGGACUGUCUGUCAGUCCAUCUUCGUGUCUGUCUCCAGCCCCACCUGUUUGUCCAUCUGUCCAAUUACCUGCGAGUCUAUCUGUGCAUCUUCUUGUCCCUUCGUCUGCCCACCCAUCUGUCCCUCUGUCUGCCCACCGGCCUCCCCUCUCCUCCUGGGCUGCGGAGCCAUGGCACGGGGCUGCGGCACUACGGUCGGUCUGGUGCUUCUGGGGCUGGGGCUGGCGCUGGCUGUCAUAGUGUUGGCUGUGGUCCUCUCUGGCCACCAGGUCCCCUGUGGUCCCCAGGCCUUUGCCCACGCUGCUGUUGCUGCUGAUUCCAAGGUCUGCUCGGAUAUUGGACGAGCCAUCCUCCAGCAGCAGGGCUCCCCUGUGGAUGCCACCAUCGCGGCUCUGGUCUGCACCAGCGUCGUCAACCCUCAGAGCAUGGGCCUGGGCGGAGGGGUCAUCUUCACCAUCUACAAUGUGACGACAGGGAAGGUGGAGGUCAUCAACGCGCGGGAGACGGUGCCAGCCAGCCACGCCCUGAGCCUGCUGGACAAGUGCGCACAGGCUCUGCCACUGGGAACAGGGGCUCAGUGGAUCGGGGUGCCUGGGGAGCUCCGUGGCUAUGCUGAGGCCCACCGUCGCCAUGGCCGCCUGCCCUGGGCGCAGCUGUUCCGGCCCACCAUCGCGCUGCUCCGAGGAGGGCAUGUGGUGGCCCCUGUCCUCAGCCAGUUCCUGCACAACAGCUUCCUGCGGCCUUUCCUGCAGGCGUCAACCUUGCGCCAGCUCUUCUUCAACGGAACAGAACCCCUGAGGCCUCAGGACCCACUCCCAUGGCCUGCACUGGCCACCACCCUGGAGACCGUGGCCACAGAGGGUGCGGAUGUCUUCUACACGGGGAGGCUGGGCCGGAUGCUGGUGGAGGACAUUGCCAAGGAAGGGAGCCAGCUGACGCUGCAGGACCUGGCCAAUUUCCAGCCCGAGGUGGUAGAUGCCCUGGAGAUGCCCCUGGGGGACUACACCCUGUACUCACCGCCGUCGCCUGCAGGGGGUGCCAUUCUCAGCCUCAUUCUCAACGUGCUGAGAGGGUUCAACUUCUCAGCAGAGUCUGUGGCCAGGCCUGAAGGGAGGGUGAACAUGUACCACCACCUCGUGGAGACGCUCAAGUUUGCCAGGGGGCAGAGGUGGAGGCUGGGGGACCCUCGAAGCCACCCGAAGCUCCAGAACGCCUCCCGGGACCUGCUGGGGGAGGCCCUGGCCCAGCUCAUCCGCCAGCAGAUCGAUGGCCGGGGGGACCACCAGCUCAGCCACUACAGCCUGGCCGGGGCCUGGGGCCAUGGGACAGGCACAGCCCAUGUGUCUGUGCUGGGGGAGGAUGGCAGCGCGGUAGCUGCCACCAGCACCAUCAACACACCGUGCGUGGGGCUUGGGGGAAGGCGGGCGGCCACUCGUCCCCUCCUAGACCUGCACCCCCGCAGCCCCAUGUCCCCUCACUUGUCCCCGUGGGGCAGCACCUUGCUUUUGCCCUCUUUCUCCUCCUCUAUUUCAAAAGGGGUCCCCACCCCGACAUCUCUGGCUGGAAAGGCUGCUGCUGGGGUGGCCCUGAGCCAAGAUUUACCUGGGAACGGGUGGCCUCGCUCAGAAGGGUACCCUGAUAUGGGGCACAGCUUUGGAGCGAUGGUCUACUCACCACGGACAGGCAUCAUCCUCAACAAUGAGCUCCUGGACCUAUGCGAGAGAUGCCCCCAGGGCUCCGGCACCACCCUCUCACCUGAGAAUGGAGACAGGAUAGGUGGAGCUCCUGGAAGGUGCCAGCCCCCAGUUCCAGGCGAGCGUCCCCCGUCCUCCAUGGUGCCCUCCAUCUUGAUCAACAAAGCCCAGGGGUCGAAGCUAGUGAUUGGUGGGUCUGGCGGGGAGCUCAUCAUCUCUGCCAUGGCCCAGGCCAUCGUGAACAAGCUGUGGCUUGGCUUUGACCUGAGAGCGGCCAUCACAGCCCCCAUCCUGCAUGUCAACAGCAAGGGCUGUGUGGAGUACGAGUCCAACUUCAGCCAGGAGGUGCAGAGGGGACUCCAAGACCGUGGCCAGAACCAGACCCAGAGGCACUUCUUCUUGAACGUGGUCCAGGCCGUGUCCCAGGAGGGGGCCUGUGUGUACGCCGUCUCGGACCUGAGGAAGGGUGGAGAGGCUGCAGGCUACUAAGACUGCUCUGCCCAGAGCCGAGGCCCCGUCCCCUCAUGGGUCCUGCAUCCAGGCCGGACGUGGCUGGGAGACCCAGUACUCCGGCAGGAUCUGGACCCCUGGCAGGGGAGUCCAGCUGAGCGUGGAAGAGGUGGCGGAGACCAGCUGGGCAGAUGGGAGGCUGAGCCUCCUCCCUGACCUCCUUUCCCAGAGCUCCUGGUGGCCCUGAACUGGCCCCUCUAUCCCUUCGAGGGCCUCCUGCUUAGGCCACUCUCCCACUCUCUCAACCUGUAUAUCCUCCAGUCCAAGAUUAAAGAAGAGGCGGACCGUGGCCUGA